AUGGACAAAAUGCACGGAGCAGGCCCCCCAGAAAGUCAAGUCAAUGUUGGGCGCAAGUACAAGUCGAGAAAGGAAAGACCGUGAGUUUCCGUGGGGUAAGUUCCAUUAACAUGCCACUAACACGAUUGUUAGUUGUGAUGCAUGCCGCAAACGGAAAAUAUGUUGUACAAGAGAUGCCUACGAAAACGCAUGCUCGCUAUGCAAAACUAGAGGGGAAAGCUGCACAUAUGUUCUCCCGCCCAAUGUACGUCGAAAUCGGCAAGUCUCGACGGCGCGUCAGUCUGCAUCCACCUCCGCGUCUGGCUCGAGACCGGGAACUUCAGGAGGCAACAGAGCAGCCUCUUCACCCCGAGCUUUUCCUUCACAGGCGAACCGUCAAAAGAUUCUACCGAGUUCAGUUCCGGAAAGUAAACCAGAAUGGAUCUGUCAGGUUGUUGGAAUGAGCGGGGACCAGGACCCAUAUGUGUUGAGGCAUUGUUCAUUCAAUCAUUUAAAUUGUUACAAAGCGCACAAUUGGGCAAUUCUGAGGGUCAAAGGCGACAGUGAAUUACCGUUGCAUUUCACCGUAAGUAUUUUUCUCGCGCAUUGUUUCAGUGGGUCGAUACUAAUUGCAAAAACGACAGGUUGUACCUGAUACUCAAUUAGACGCAAGACCGAACUAUUACCCUAUUACAGAUACAGAGGCAAUCGUUGCACCAUAUGGGAACGAUUUACUAAGAACCUAUUUUGAAGUUGUACACGUUUCCUAUCCACUUCUUGACCCGUCGAGAUUCGAGAAACCACUGCCAAACGGCGAUCCGCUAAUGGCGGUAAUGUACAACCUCGCCAACCCAUUUUGCCAAGCCUCGCCUCCCUUUUUCGAACCGCCUCUAAAUGAUUUUAUUCAGCAAGCGUCAGUCUCGUCACCACAAAAACAAAAACAAUUAUUAACACUACUCAGAUUACCUAUCGAACAACGACAUCCCCGAUUAGAAACCCUUGAAGCAUCGCUUCUGCAUCUGCAUCGUACACCUGCGAUACAGCAAUCUCCUGUCCUGCCUGCCUGGUAUCCGGAUGUUGGCGCUCUUGUUGGUUUAACAAACGAUCUCGGGUUAAAUAUCUCCCCACUUAGUUGGAGUCUAUCGCAGGCAGAUUGUAAUCGUCGAAUACGAAUAUGGUGGGGUGUGUACAUCACAGACAAAUGGACAGCAUUAGGUGCUGGUCGCCCGUCUUAUCUUAACGAUGAGAAUAGCAACGUUCCUUUGCCAACAAUUUCGAAUUUCUCACAUACCGGACUCAAAGGCGAAAACAUAGGUAUAGGACCAGCUCUCCAAUUUAUAACCAUGGCACACCUCACGACGAUUUUAAGCGACAUACUUUCAACAUUUUACACUCUCAAAUCGCAUGACAUCCUAAGGGCUUUACCGGUAUCGACAAUAUUUUCUCUUUUGGACACGUUUCAAUCAAGACUCCAUACGUUUCACGAAACACAUUUGAUUCCAUUGUAUAACAUUGGAUCACCACAAUCUAGCUCAGGGAUGGGACAAGUGGUUUUAGAUUCCACGGGCACUACAGUAUUAUCAUUUUACACGGUUCAAGCAGUGCUUUACCGAGCUGUUCUCAGGGUCCUGGAUAUCAAUAACCCAAGUUAUCAGGGUGUGAGGGAUCAAGCAAAGACGGUUCUCGUCAGCGUGGUUUCGUUUGUUGAGAAAUUGGGACUCGGCAGGCUAAGAGCUUUCUGGUGGUGUCGUAAGUUUCCUCUUUUAUUUACGUUCUCGAUCUACGUAACUAAACUAACGCCCCAAAAAGCACAAUCACGCGUCUCCUUCUCCCUGCUAGGAUCUUUCAUGUUUCAACAACUACUAACCUCCAUCUCCCCCUCCGACAUUGAAUUCUGGUCCCACACCAUCGCGCAUUACCGCUCUAUCCUCCGGUUGCAAAGUCAGACGUGGGAAGUUGCUAAAUUGGCGUGUAUUCGAAUGGAUCUUUUGGCUACGGGUAUGGGUAUGGGCAUGGGUAAUGUGGAGGAAGUUAAUGGGAACGGUGUUAAUGGGCAGCAACUUGGGGGCAUGGGUACGGAUAAAUUUGGGAAUUUCAACAUGAAUGUGAAUGGUGGAAUCAUGCCGGGGAGUGCAGAGGAAUGGAUUCAGAGACAAGGGCAUGAGGGUAUGUUACUUUGCUGAAGGAUGUUUGAUUUUUGUGGGUUUUGGGAUCUGGGUUUGGUGGGCACGGGUACGGGGAUGGUGAAGGGAUGGGAUGGGGUUGGACAUUGGGAGGCACUCUGGGCAAUUGCAUGCGGGUGAUGGAGUAAUGGUAAUUUGGCUAUGCGAUACCGAAUCUCUUUUUUGGAUACUUGGGAUGAGGUACUAUCAGGGAUUCAUUGGGCGGCGUCGAAUUGUGGUUUAUAGAAGUCUUAUGUAGGAUUUAGUAUAGGAAUUACCAAUUUAA